GAAAUCCGCAAGCCAUUUAUAAUUCUUCAGUGUACAAAAUCAAAUGCGCUUCGAUCACUUGCUUUUUCUGUGAAGCAGAAUACACGUGAACCAAUGCACGCAUCACCCACGAAACACAUUUGCAAGAGUCUCACCACGACUACAUCGGUACAAGUCCACUUCCAUGUCACAAUAGUAUUUCCCUUUGAUGAAGGCAGAGAACGCAGGUUAGACAACAAGAAACAUUAAUCAGUCGAAUAGUUUCCUAGGUAAUGUUUACAGGAGACAAAUUAAAUUCAAAAGUUACAAGUAAUUUGAACUAUUGAGCUUCGGUAAUGAAAAAACGAUUUAUUUAAUGCAGUCGCCAAGAAUUAAAUCAAGAAAUAUUCAUUUGUAUGUGUUGAUUGAGUACGCAAUCCAGCUUGACAACAAAGUUGAAUGAUUAGAUACGCCGUGAUAACUGGAAUGGAACCAACCCUCACACACUGACUAUUGUCGCAUGUCUGUCCUCUUUCUUCCAACUGUGGUCAGCUGUGAGACAGAUAGCCGAAAUAGUAAACAUCACAUGCGUAGUCAACCUGUUCAAACUGUAUGAGAAGAAUUUGAUUCAGUAGAUUCCAACCACAAAAAUUCUUAGGUGUGUAAGUAUUUCCAGCUUUGGGCGUUCGUUAGUUGCCAGUCAUCAUCUCAACCCCAAACCUGUCCGUCUUCACGCAAACGAAUACUUUUGACAUCUUUUGCAUCUGGUUACCGGAACUAAAACUGAUCACAAAACAUCUCGUCAAACGAAUAUGUUAAUUUAACCGAAUUGGAACCAGAGCCACAGUUUUAAAUUCGGUUUCGCAAUGAACGGACGCGCGGCAGUUGUGUUUAGUUUAAUUUGGCUGGUGUCUUUUGGUGAAGGUGCCAAAAUCCUGACAAUCAUGCCUUUGGGAGGUAAAUCGCACGACAUCAUUGGAUCAGCUUUCGCAAAAACGUUAGCAGAAGCGGGCCACGACGUAACCGUCAUCACGGCUUAUCCAGUAAAGAACCCGCCGGAGAACUACAGGCAAAUUGUACUGACUGGAAUGUUGGAAAAAAGUGGUGUUGCGAAUAUGAACUUUUUCGAUCAACACGGUGGACUCAUAUCGUCAUUAAUUUUGCUGGGUUUUAUGUACCAUAGCUUCCCGGCCAUGUUAUACGAGGGAUGCAUGCGACAUCCAAACGUUGAAAAAUUUUCGAACUCAAACGAGAAAUUCGAUCUUGUUAUACUGGAAUCAUUUUUAGCUGAACCCUUCUAUGGAUUUGCACAGCAUUUUGAUGCACAAUUGGUCACUUUUUCUGCAUUCGCAAAUUCAUUGUGGACUAAUCAUCUUGUCGCAGCACCCGGUCCAGCUUCCCAUGAAGCACAUUUUAUGCUCCACUAUACUGAUCGCAUGACAUUUUCGGAACGCUUUGUCAAUGCGUUGGUCACUCUGAUUGACGCCGUCUUUUACAACUGGAUUUAUCUACCUAAACAAAAAGAUUUCUACAAUCAAGCAUUUCCGAAUGCGAAACUAACCAUCGAGGAACAGAUGAGAAAUGUUUCGCUAGUGUUUUUGAACCAACAUUUCACUUUGAGUAGUCCAAGAUCAUACCCACCGAACAUGAUUGAAGUCGGUGGACUCCAAAUAGAAGAACCAAAGCCACUACCAAAGGAUCUGCAACAAUAUCUGGAUGAAGCCACCGAUGGAGUGAUCUAUUUCUGUAUGGGAUCCAAUUUGAAGUCUGCACAGUUUUCGGUUGAAAAGCGGGAAGCAUUUUUGAAGGCGUUUUCGAAAUUGAAACAACGUGUUCUGUGGAAAUUUGAAGAUGAUUCGAUUCCGAACAAACCGGCGAAUUUAAUGAUCAAAUCAUGGAUGCCCCAAAAUGACAUCCUUGCCCAUCCCAAUGUGAAACUGUUUAUCACCCACGGAGGCAACUUGGGAACUACGGAGUCUUUGUACCACGGAAAACCGAUGAUUGGAGUCCCGAUUUUCGGUGAUCAAAUGAUGAACGUUGAAAAGUCCGUCCGCGCGGGUUAUGCCGUGUUGUUGAAAUUCUCCGAUAUUAGCGAAUCUUCGGUUUCCCAAGCUAUCAACACAGUUCUAAAUGAUCCAAAGUACGCAAGAAAUGCCAAACUAACUUCGGAACGAUUUCGGGAUAAACCAAUGACACCGAAACAAAGUGUCGUCUACUGGGUUGAAUAUAUAUUGCGGCAUGGAGGAGCACCGCAGCUUCGAUCACCCGCCAUGGAACUGUCCUAUCUGCAGUAUCAUUCAGUUGACGUUUUAGCUGUGCUGUUGCUUAUUUUAAUAGCGAGCUUAGUCAUUAGUUUGUACAUACUGAAGAAAAUAUAUCGGACGAUUUUCAAAUCAAAAGUUUCCAAAACUAGUAAGAAGAAAAGGGCAUAGUUUCUGAUUUCCAUUUGGAAUAGGUUAGCAAGUCAAUGCAAAACCGAACAUUGGAUGUAUUCCAAAAUCAGGAAGAGCAACUUUUUUGAAUGUUUUGUAUUGUUUAAGUUCCCUUAAUGCAUUAAUAAAUCAUACGUAUUAAACUA